AUGGGUUCAAGUUGUUCUCGGUCCAAAAUUAAAAAAUCUGAAGAUUCUGCCUGGUUUUCGCUACCAUUCGAUAUGCGACGAGAAAUUAUUGAUUUAAUGGAUUUUGAAACAAAAUCUAUGUUUGCGAAAUGCUCUAAAGAUUGUUUUGACGAAGUUGUCGAAAGUCGAAAUAUCAUUGAAAGACUUCAUAUCAUUGAUGGAACACGAGAUAAUGAACGGAUUAUUAAAAUUUUUGUGGAGGGACAACAGAAGGGCAGAUGGUUAUUCACAAUAUCCGGAUUAUCAGGUGGAAAUUGGAAAGUUUGUUGGGAAACUAAUACGGAAUAUAUAUCAAAGAAAACAUUUGAAAACUCGAAUCCAAUUGAUAUUGUUUUGUUAUAUUUCAAAGAAAUUAUUAUGAAAAAUACGAAAAGUUUGACAGACAUUUCAAUUUUCAUGGUAAGUUUUUGAUUUUUCCAAUUUGAAAAAAAAAUCAAAUUUUAUUAUUGUUUGUUUGCAGGAUGAUUUUCCAUACAAUCAAACAAAUAUCAACAAUUUAAAACGAAGAAAACUUAUGAAUUUAAUGCUUCAAAAGAAUAAAUAUGGAAUUGAUCCGAUUUCAAGUGGAUUCGUAAAUCUCAAUAUUCUCAAUCGUGUUUUAUGUUUAAUCGAUAUUCCGAAUUGCCCCUUCGAGUAUUUAUUCAUUCUGAGACCAAUUAUCAAUCGAAUAAGUAACUCAAUAUUGACUUUGGGUGAAUUCGUUUAUUUUUUGGAAACAACUUUGAUUGAUGAAAUAAGAUUAAUCAAAGUUUUGAGAAUGAUUUAUUUGAAUAUGGAUGGAAUUGCAAAUGGACUAUACAAUACUCAUCCUCAAAUAAUUCAUCGAAUUAUUAGUGUAUAUGCAACACCGCGUAUCAUAAGAUAUAAAUCAGAAGAUAGUUUGGAAUCGAGAAUUGUAUUGGGAUUUGUGCGUGAAUCAGAAAAGUGCAAAGGUGGAAGUCAUGUGAUUGUUUUGAGAAGAAAUCGCCUUGAAUAUAGUUUCAAUGCCUCGAGAUAAUCAAUAAACCAUUUCUCAAAUUCAAUUUUUUGCAGUCAGAAAAUAUAAAUCAACGGUUUUUUAAAAAAAUAUUUGGCGUCGCCAAAAAACUGGCAUGAAAGUCAUGAAUCCCUUCUGAAAAUAGGUUAUGUCUUUUUAAAAGGUUUUUCAAAAAGAAAAACAGAAAAAAACGUGGAACGUGAAACGUGUCCCAGUUUCGAAAAGAUGACGUAGAUUAAUAUCUAGAGCAUCGAAAUGUAACGGUUCGCAGCCGCAGGCUGCGUAACACAAGAAUUUUGCCGCCGGAGGCGGCUAUAAAUUCUUGUCACUUUUAUUUGGUUAGACUACUGGACGCUUCGAAUAAAUCAAAAGGUAUUUUGGGGAUUCUUUGGGUUCUCCACUAAAAAUAGACUCGAAAAAGGUUUUUCACAAAGAAAAUAGAAAAUGUUCGAAAAAUACGUGGCACGUGAAACGUGUCCCAGUUUCGAAAUGAUGACGUAGACUAUCUAGAGCAUCGAAAUCAGUAUCAAUUUAUUUUGGUUCGAUAACUAGACUCUCCGGAGAAACUAAAAGGUAUUUUGGGGGGUUCUUAGGGUUCUCACUAAUUGUUAGUCUCACUGAGAGUUCUCUAAUGUUUGUUUUUCAGGCCAACUCACUCAUUAUCAAACCAAGUUUGA